AUGGCAAGAAAGUUCGAAUGUGUCAAAGAUAUCAAUGAUGGAAAAGAUCUUUGGAAGAUUUCAGUGAAGGUCAAAGAAAAAUGGAGUAACUCGAAGGAUGGAAAACAGUCCAUUGAGUUGCUGGUUUUUGAUGAUAAGGGAGAUGACAUUUCAGUUUUCAUUCCUCAUGAGGUUAUUCAAAAUAAUGAACAACUAAAUGAUUUAAGUGUGAACAACACUUACACUAUGCAAAAUUUUCAAGUCUCAAAGAAUGAUGACCUUUACAAAGCCUCACAUCAUGUUUACAAGCUGAGGUUCAAUGGUGGAACUAUAGUUAAAGAUGUGAAUGUUCAUAAAAUUGGUGAACCAGUCACAAACAUUAAACCUUUCACUGAGAUUGCCAACCUUGACUUUCAUGAAGAUCUAUUAUAUGAUGUUAUUGGACUGGUGGAUCAAGUUGGUUAUUCACAACCUACUCAUGGAAAUAGGAAAGUUCAAGUUAACCUUACUCUUCGAGACCUUGGGAACACUCCAAUUGCUUGCACUUUAUGGCAAAACUAUGCACUUAAGUUCUUCAAUGUUCAGAAAGAAGUUAAGGGUGAUCCAAUUAUCGUUUUCAUGAAAUAUGCUAAAAUCAAAAAAGAAGGAAAAUGGCCAUUGACAAUUUCAAAUACAUGGAACACAACAAAGCUUUUCAUCAAUGAAGAAGUUCCAGAGAUUAUUGACUUCAAGAAAAGGUUACUUGCUGGGAUUGAAAAUGGUACUGUUGAUCGUUUUGCUGAAACUCCGACACAAAUGAUGAGCCAAUCGUAUGGAAGUUCCCAGUACACACCGCAACAAACAUUCAUGAACAAUGCAGAUCUGAUUACACUGACAAAAAUAGUGCAACUACCACAGGAAACCAAAUGUGUGACAAUUGUCAAGACAAUUAAGAUCAAGCCUACAAAGUAUGGAUGGUACUAUAUGACUUGCUUCAAAUGCCCUAAACAAUGCUUUGGUGCUGCUCCUCCUUUUAUAUGUGGAGAUGGUCAUGAAACUGAAGCAGAAAUUCUGAGGUACAAGCUGGAUGUUGAGGUUGGUGAUGGAGAUGUUAAGGCAACUUUUGUUUUCUGGGACCGCGAGUGUGAGCAAUUGAUUGGCAAGAGUGCGACUGUUUUACGUGCUCAAAUGUUGCAGGAUGGAAUAACGGAUCCUCUGGAUUAUCCUGAGGAAAUUGAUCUAAUUACUGGGAAAAAAAUUGCUGUCAAAGUUAAGUGGCAACCCAAGUGGAAAACUGGAUCAGUCAUUCAAAUCAACCAAGGAGAUGACUUUAUCAAUGAAAUUGCUGCGAUGUUCUCACCUGCUGAUGCUCCACAAGGACAGAUACAAGAUGAUAAAUCUACAUUAUUAAUUGAGGACAAUAGUACUGCUGAAUCUAUAGCCCAAAAGAAAGAUGAGGUUGAGCCUACUGAUACUGAUGCAGAUGUUGCCGAUGGUGAUGAAAUUGUUAUACCGACUUUUUCUCUGUCUGCUUCUGAUGAAAUUGAUCCUGAUAUAUUGGGAAUGAAGACACCAUCAAAGAGGUCAGGGAACGACCUUAUGUCUACUUCCCAGAAUGCUGAACUUGAGGAUGUCAUUGGAGAAAAACAGUCAUCCACAAAGAUGUUGAAAGUUGGAGGAAAGGCAUCAGGCAGAAAGGGACUCAAGGUUCCAAAAAAGGAGUGAAUCAAUGGAAUGUAUAAUGGAUAGCUUAAGUAUUUAGUUUAGGUAUUAUGCUGAACAAAACUUUAAAGUUGUAGCUACUUAAUUCAUUUGUUGAUGUUUUGUCUUAUACCAACACUACAUGUGUUGUGUAUUAUAUUAUGCUUUAGGUACCUAUGUUUUGUUGAUGUGUUGGCCGUGAACUUAAACACAUUAUGCCUACUUGGUUGUAAUAUAAUUAUAUCAGUUAUUGCUCCCUUUA